AUGGCUCCUCCUUCAUUCGACACCCUUGAAAUCACCGUCUUCCCCAGUGGCGUUACCGAGAUCGCCUUCAAUCGCCCAAAGGUUCUCAACUCUUUCUCCCCAGAAGCAUACCAGGAUUGGUUAUCAGCAUUACAAUGGGCUAAACAGGCUAAUGAAGUCAAGCUUGUGGUGCUCACAGGUCGUGGACGCUUCUACAGCUCUGGCGUACAACUUCAACCCCCUGAUUUCUCUCCAGAAGGUAUCGCAAAGAACAAGGAACGUCGCAAGGUUGUAAAAUCAUUGGUCGAUGAGCUUAUUCUAUUCCCAAAGCUAUUGAUUGCAGCUGUCAAUGGACCUGCUUAUGGAUUUGCCGUUACCACAUUGGCACUUUGUGAUGUUGUUUAUGCUGCUUCGAAUGCCAACUUUACCACACCAUUCAUGAAAUUGGGCUUUGCUGCCGAGGGAUGUUCAUCCGCUUUGUUCCCAAGAAUCAUGGGCCCUUCAAAGGCAAAUGAAAUGCUGCUCAUGGGCAAGACUCUUACAGUGGAAGAAUUCGCUGCUGCCAAUAUGGUAGCACGCAUCUUCCCCGUUGAAGGAUUCCGUGAACAGGUGCUCGCUGCUGCUGAAGAGACCGCUAAAUUCUCUGGAGAAGCCCUUGCUGUUACCAAGAAGCUUACACGUGAUCCGGAUCAAGAAUUCCUUUUGAAGGUGAACGAGCAAGAAAUGAUCAAAUUGCAAGAACGAAACACAAGCCAAGACUCUAUUGACAGCGUAAUGCGGUUUGUGCGGGAAGCCGAGAAGAAGCGGGAGGCUAAACGCAAAGCUCAGCAAAGCAAGCUGUGA